AUGACCAUGUGUAGCGGAGCGAGGCUGGCCCUCCUGGUCUACGGGAUAAUAAUGCACAGCAGCGUCUACUGCUCACCUGCCACCGCAGGACUCCGGUUCCCUGGAAUCAGGCCGGAGGACGAAGCGUACGACGAGGACGGAAACCCGCAGCAGGACUUCUACGACUCAGACCCGCCGGGCGUGGGGAGCCCCGCCUCCGCGCUGCGCGACGCCUACGCGCUCUACUACCCCUCGGAGAAGAGAGAUGUCGCCCAAGGGAUCCUUAACAAGGCCUACCGCAAAGUACUGGACCAGCUGUCCGCCAGGAAAUACCUGCAGACGCUCUUGGCCAAGGGCUUGGGUGGGAACCUAGGCGGCGGCCCGGAGGACGACUCAGAGCCUCUCUCCAAGCGCCACUCAGACGGAAUCUUCACCGACAGCUACAGCCGCUACCGGAAACAAAUGGCUGUCAAGAAAUACUUGGCGGCAGUCCUAGGGAAAAGGUAUAAACAAAGGGUUAAAAACAAAGGACGCCGAAUAGCUUAUUUGUAGCGAUGAGUUACCAGCUACCCUGUGUAUACAAUCCUGACACUAUGAAAAGUCACUUUCCCAACUGACUGAACAGUCAUCUCUCAUGUGUUCUAUCCAAACAUGUAUUUAUGUAUGAA